GGUCAUGGAUUAUUAAUUCCACAAAAAAGAAAACUUCGCCACUGACGUGUCAAAAGAUCCAAUAAACAUUUAGUUAAAUUAUACAAAUUAAUAUAAAUUUUAUCCUUAUUGUUGCUCCACUUUACAUUGAGACCAAAUUGGAUAGCAGUAGGUUCCUUUACUUAAUCAGCUGCCGAAGAAUAAAACACCCAUAUGACCCUUAACACCAGAAGUCGCCAUUUUUGAAUUCUUCUGCUGCUCAUUUUGACGAUCGUUUCUUGUGGUGAUAUAUGAUGAGUUUUUUUGGAUUCGGUCAGUCCGCCGAAAUCGAUAUUUAUUUGGAUGGACAAGAGAACAGGAAAACUGCCGAAGUUAAGACAGAAGAUGGCAAAAAAGAAAGACUUUUAUUAUAUUAUGAUGGUGAGACAGUUUGCGGUAAGGUAAAUGUUAGUUUAAAGAAACCCGGCAGUAAGCUCGAACAUCAGGGUAUCAAAAUAGAGUUUAUUGGUCAGAUUGAAAUGUUAUAUGAUAGAGGCAAUCAUUAUGAAUUUAUUUCAUUAGUUAAAGAACUGGCCAGACCGGGUGAAAUGAUUUCUCACACAAGUUAUCCAUUUGAAUUUAGUAAUGUAGAAAAGCCUUUCGAAGUAUACACAGGUGGAAAUGUUAGGUUACGCUACUUUUUAAGAGUAACUAUAAUAAGACGAUUGGCCGAUAUUGUAAAAGAGGUCGAUAUUGCUGUGCACACCUUGUGCAGCUAUCCGGAAAUGAACAAUUCCAUAAAGAUGGAAGUGGGAAUUGAAGACUGCCUACAUAUUGAGUUCGAAUAUAAUAAAUCUAAGUACCACCUAAAAGACGUUAUCGUGGGGAAAAUUUAUUUUCUUCUCGUACGGAUAAAGAUAAAACACAUGGAAAUAACCAUAAUUAAGAAAGAGACCACCGGAUCUGGGCCUAAUCUAUUCACAGAAAACUCUAACAUCGCAAAGUAUGAAAUUAUGGACGGGGCACCCGUCAGAGGUGAGAGUAUACCAAUCCGAGUGUUUCUCGCCGGUUACGACUUGACACCCACCAUGCGAGAUAUUAACAAAAAAUUCUCCGUCAGAUAUUUUCUCAACCUAGUGCUGAUGGACACCGAGGAUCGACGGUAUUUCAAGCAGCAGGAGAUCACCCUGUGGCGUAAGGGCGACAAGGUGAGGAAGCCGAAUCUUCAGGUGCCCCCGAUAAUGGCCGGCACGCAAAACCUCGAAAAUACCGCCCAACAAUACCAGAACCAGAACGAAGAACCAAACGACAGCGAAGAGAAUAGCAAGAGCGACCAGCCGACCCUCAAAGAGGAUUUCCUGCGGUCGAGGUCGAACGACAAACUGAACAACUCUGUCGGCGAUCCGUUCGAACAAAACAACGGUCAGUUGCCGACAGAUGGCAGCCCGGAGAGCCACAUACAGAACAUGACCAGAGAGGCGGGGGACGGUCAGAACGAUACCAGUAAUGAAGUCGAAGAGUGAUAUAAAUCUAGGCGUGUCAAAAUACAUGUGAUGAAAAGAACAACGGUGGCUAAUUUUAAGCAAAAAAAAGAAUUCGAGGACAUCUGUACGAGAGCAGGGAGGGGGGGGGGCGGUUCCAAACAAACGCAUAAUUUGUAAAUAAUGUUAUAUAUAUUUA